CGGCCAUCACUACCUGUGUAUAAACAGUUGGCAAGAAACGAAGUCGAAAAACCGAGUUUUGCUUGAAAUGGCACCGUAAAAAGCCAUUAAAAAACUUCCAUUAUUGUACGACCGAGUCUGAAUACAUAUAUGCAUAUAGAGUAGCAGCAGAUAACAGGCAGAGGGGCUGAAAAGCAGCGAAACACCCGGAACAUAUUGAUACAUAUGGACGUAGACUUCAAGAUAACGAAAGAAGCAUUUCCGAUAAUACAUAAUGGUGGCGGCCAAGUACGAGCGGCUGAAUACCAGUGGUGAGGCGGGUGGCAACGAAAAUGGAAAUGCCAGCGAUGCAGAAGACGAGGAGAUCGAGCUCCAUUUAGCCCAGCAGUCGCAGCUGAGCAAUGGCCAUCGUUUGCGGCAGAGCAACUUCAAGUACGCCAGCGGUACGACCGGAUACGGCGAGACACCGGGUAGCACCGAAACGGCCACGUUGGCCCAGGACAGCAUGAUGAUGCAGAUGGCCGUGGGCACACUGGCCAUUAUCCUAUUGUAUCUGGCGCUUUCCAUAUCGCUGACAUUCUAUCAAACGCACAUUAACCGGGAGAUGCCCUUUCCGCUGACCAUCGUGACCUAUCACCUGGUUGUGAAGUUCCUUCUGGCGGCCACGGCGCGCAAAAUCUACAGGAUGCGAGUGGGCCGGUCGCGGGUUCAAUUGGAUUGGAGGCUCGCCCUGAGGAAAAUGGCACCAACGGGAGUGGCCAGCGCCAUCGACAUUGGUUUCUCCAACUGGGGCCUGGCUCUGGUACCCAUUUCCCUCUACACCAUGACCAAGUCCUCCACCAUCGUCUUCAUCCUGCUCUUCGCCAUCGCUUUUGGACUGGAGAAGAAGAGCUGGUCUCUGGUCUCGAUUGUGGGCCUCAUAGGCAUUGGCCUUCUGAUGUUCACCUACAAGUCAACGGACUUCAAUGCCCUUGGCUUCUUCUUCAUCCUUUUCGCCUCGUUGAGCAGCGGACUGCGAUGGAGUUUUGCGCAGUUCAUAAUGCAGAAAUCGAAGCUAGGCUUGCACAAUCCCAUCGACAUGAUAUAUUAUAUGCAGCCGUGGAUGAUUGCCUCACUGGUGCCCCUCGUAAUUGGAAUCGAGGGUGCCAACCUCAUCGUGGUGAUAGAAGAUCUGCACAACCACACCUCGAAUGAGAUAACUUGGGCCAUUGCGAGGAUAACAGUGGGAGCUUUGCUGGCUUUUUUCAUGGAGUUCAGCGAGUUCCUAGUGCUGUGCAAGACCUCCAGUCUGACGCUCUCGAUAGCUGGGAUAUUCAAGGAUAUCUGCCAGUUGGCAUUAGCUGUGACCAUCAGGAACGACCACCUGAGUGUUAUCAACACCAUUGGCCUGGCCAUUUGCCUGGCGGGUAUCUUUUGCCACCUCCUGCACAAGUACUCCAAUAUGAAGGAGAUGCAGAAGCAGCAGGAGUUGUCACUUGAAAACGACCAUGAGGAGUCUUCUCCUGGGGAGUACAAAUUCAACGAGGGCAGUGCCAUUGUGGGUGUCCAUGUGAAAUCGCAUUCCACACUGACGGUGCCAUUGCUGGAGCAAACCGAUUCGGAGGACGAGUCUGGUCCAAGCAACAAACAGAACGCCUCCGAUGUGAUCUUCGACGUGCUGAAGCGACGCGACAUGCAGCGAUGAAAGCCAAUCCUUGUACAGAUGUCCUGUUGAUGUAAAUGUUGUAAAUUCAAGCUACUUUUAUGUUUACCAGCACCUUUGCCCACGAAACUACUUACCACACUGGGAUGGCAAUGCAGGUUUAAGUAAGUUAGUUAGUUUGACACUCUUCAUUCCUUCCGACACCGAUUCCCCGACUUCCUCGAUGCAUUCCCGCCUUGUGCAUUUAAGAGCUAGGCUAGAUAUGUGAGACGUCUAUCAAAUUGAUGUGUGUGUGCUAUCCUCUAAUGAGUAACACUCAUAUUUAAAUUGAUUUCAUUUUAACGACACGAAAUCGUAGGUACAAAGGGUAAUCUUUGGACAAUCAAUUAAUCCUUCUGUGCACUGGCAACAAUCUAUUACAUCCUUUAAUAUCAAAUAAUUUUGAUCUUUUAGCAUUUGUGAAGCUAUAAAUGUAUUGAAACUGUCCAAAGUUUACUUGAGUACCGAAAUCUAUCUCGUUUCUUUUUUGUAAAAACUCAAUCUUAAGUCAUACAACCUAUGUAAAAAUAAGAAAGCCUUAAAGACCUUUUCAUUGUUCCUUAACUGACAUCUUUAAUUUGGCAUUCCAAAUUUAAUUGUAAUCCUAUUUUAGUUAUAAGAAAUUUUGAAUUUGAAAGCUCCCGAAAAUGUCUGAUUAAAUUAAACAAGGGCCAUUGUUUUUUAGCAAA